GUCUUGGAGGUGGCAGGAGGAUUUAACUCGAUGUUACGCGGUGUAUCGUUGCCUGAGCGGACUGUAUACCGGGUCUGGUACAUUUUGCCGGCGCCAUUCAAUCUGUCAGGACCAUUUAGGAACAGUUUUGUUCAGAAAACGAAAAAAGACAAGGAAACUUCAUCUAAAUAGUUUGGUCCCGAUGGAGGGUGUGGAGUCGAAGUGUGACGCGUUACGUCAUUCAUAGUUUCACUGUCCCGUCUGAACUGCUGUCGGCGCUGCUAAAAGUGGCCAUAUCAACAAGUGGCCUAAACUCAUCUAACGCUGAAACAUUUUACUUAUAACUAGUAAGGUAAAUCUGAUAAGUUCAUUUCACUUGUUCCCAGCGCAACUGGUUUCCACCUUUUCCUUCAUCACAGUACCAUCCAGGCUCAGUGCGGAAUAUACAGAUGGCUGACGUGGAGGUGGUGAAGAAGAUGCUGCGGGCAGUGCUCCAGGCCAACAAAGGCGGAGUGUCACUGUCUCGUCUGCAGUCAGAGUACAAGGAGCUGACCGGGGAUCAGAUACCACACAAACAGAUGGGACACAACCACCUUGACGCACUGCUAGCCAGCAUGCCCACUUUAGUCCGCAUGGAGCGCAACCGCUCUGGAGAGAUGGUGUGUUUUGCCUCAGGGGCCAAUGAGACGGCCCAUAUAGCCAAGGUGGUGGCUCGUCAGCGCAGCUCCAAGAAGACAGGCCGACCCCACGUGGUGAACACCCAGAUGAGGGUCAAACCGGCUGCCCCACUGGUUCUCAAUGCCAAACCUCAAACCUCUCUGAGGCAGCCGAACCACCGUGGGCGAGGCGGUGGUAGAGGAGGAGGCGGCGGCCGAGGGGCGGGACAUGGAGACUUCAGACAGGCGAGGGACAUGAGGGAUGGCCAGCCAGAGGGCAAGACUGGGGCACAUCCGAACAAGAUGUCCAAUCAGAACACACCCAACAGGAAAGGGAAUCCACCUGCAGAGAAGUCAGACAAGAGGAUGACCCUCCCAUCACGGUUUCAGAAGGAGGUACAUGCUCACCUUUCCAGAAACCCCCAACAGACUGGUCCACCCUUGAAUCUGAAUGAGAGCCUCACCUCUGGGAAAGGAAAGCCCUACAACCCUCAGCAGGUCCAGGGUCGCAUCAGGGAGAUCCUGGGGAAGUACAGUAACGGGUUCUGGGUGUCGAAGCUGCCUCAGAUCUACAGAGAGCUGUACAAACAGGACCUGCCCACUGAGGCCAUCAAAGACCUGGAUACCUGGACACACAUAUGCACUGUAGAGAAAACCUGCAGCAGCAACCCAUCAGAGCUGUUACUCUACCCCGCCAAGGAACAGACCACCACAUCCUCCCCUUCACCCAUCCUUAACCCAAACUCCACCUCUGCCUCUGUCCCGACUUCAAACACCCCCAAAGACAAACCCCUGCCGUCCUCCGCCCAACAGAGACCCGCCAGCACCCAUCUUACUCGCUCUGGUUCUCACUCUCCUCAGUCUCCACCAUCGUCCUCCUCGUCCCCCAGCCCUCCCUCCUCCCCUGCUACCCUCAGCCCGGACCUGAAGCUGAAACUGGAGGAGCUGCUGGUGAAGUACUCCAACGGCUUGUGGGCCCACGCGCUGCCCAAGCUCUUCCAGGACACCUACAAAACCAAACUGCCCGGACAUGUCCUAGAGAACCUUCACCUCCUCUCUGACAUCUGCACCAUCGACUACCCGAUGCCAGACAACCCCAAGAGGGCCAUCUUGUACAGGAGGAGCAGCAGUGGAGGUGGAGGAGGAGAGGAUGAGAACUGUAAUAGGAGGAACUCCUCGGUCAGUGAGGAGGAGCUGAAGGUGAGGCAGGAGCUGGGGAGGAGGCUCAGUAACCAGGCGGUGCCUUCUCUGCAGAUCCCCAAAGAGGAGUACCCCUCUGUGCUGGUGGUGGAGGCCACCAACACCAAUGGAGUUAUACUCAGGUACAUUGGUGAGGGUUACUCCCAGGCCCAGGAAUCCAUGGAGGAUGAAAUGAGGGAGUUUUACGGCCUGGACCAAAGCAGUCCAACUCCUUUAUCGUCUCCAUCCUCUGGCCAACUUGUUGCUGUCAGGGCCGAUGAGGAGGAGGAGAUUCUGAGGGCGCAAGUUUGCGAGGUCAUGGCCGACAAGGUCAAGGUGUACUAUGUGGAUCAUGGCUUCUCAGAGGUGAUCAGCAAAACCAAAGUGUUUGAGCUGCACGAGAAGUUUUUCCAACUGCCUUUCCAGGCGACCAAGUGUAAACUGGCAGGCCUGGAGCCGUUCUGUCAGGAGCCUGCUGUGCUGAAGAAGUUUGAGACAAUGGCAAGUGGAAGGAUCCUAUUGGCUGAGAUCCUAGAGAGAGGGCAGACCCCUAUUGUCGUCCUGUACGACACAUCGCAGGAUGAUGAUGUCAACAUCAACGCUGCCUGCAUGAAAGCCCUGCAGGACAAGACACUAGCCAGCCCGUUGCAGGUGAACAGCGCUUAUAUGAAUGUGACUGUCAGCAGCGUCUGCUCAGAUGGGACCAUCUACUGCCAGCUGCCCUCCAGAGGCCUUGCCAAGCUGAUUGAGAUACUGGAGAAUAUAGAGACAUACUUCCACUCACAGGUAACAUCAGAGUUCCUGGUAUCCAGACCUUUCUGUGGGAAAGGAUGUCUGGCCCGCUACAAAGGCAAAUGGUCCCGUGUAGAGAUCACCAACCUUCAUGGCAGCAGAGUGCUAGACAUCCUGUUCAUUGAUGUGGGUGUCCAGGCAUCUGUAGAGGUAUUUGAGCUGAGAGAGAUCCCACCGCCGUUCCUCCGUGACCUUAUGGCCAUCCCACCACAGGCUGUGAAAUGCUGUCUAGCAGACCUGGCUGUCAGUGUUGGAUCCUGGACUCCAGAUGCUGUCCAAUGGCUUCGAGAGAAAGUGCUCAACACAACAGACUGUAGCAUGAAGGUUGCCAAGGCAGAUGAAACCAAGCGCUGCAUCUACGUCCACCUUUUCACCGACAAGAACUUCCACGACCCGGCCCGUAGCCUCAACCAUCAAAUGGCCCAGUCUGACUUGUUCAAAAAGCGACCAGAUGUUUUCCUGACGAGCCACAGCCCUGCCAAGAUCUUCACACCCACUUUAUCCUCUAAGACUUCCAGCACCAGUGACUCCACUAAUGGGAGUCCAGUGUCAACUUCUGUCCCAGCGAAGCCCCAUCUCAGGAGGACUCUAUCAGGACCCAGAGGAGGUGGAGGAGGCAACACAACCACCACCAGCCCACCAGAGACACCAUCAUCCCCCUCAUCCUCUCUCCAGCUGCCACCAUUACUAGAGCUGCCCCCAGCAGGAAACAACGUUGACGUCUAUGUAUCAGUGGCGUGCCAUCCAGGCCACUUUGUUCUGCAGCCCUGGAGAGAUAUGUACAAACUGGUGGUGUUAAUGGGAGAGAUGAUUCUCUACUACAAUAAAACUGAGGAGAAACCACUCAACAUAGAGAAGAAUCAGAUAUACGCUGCCAAAGUGGAGAAUAGCUGGCAUCGUGUGUUAGUGAAGGGAGUUCUGACCAAUGGGUUGGUGUCUGUGUACGAGUUGGACUACGGUAAACAUGAACUGGUCAGCUGCACCCAGCUCCGACCUCUGAUCAAAGAGUUCAGACAGCUGCCGUUCCAGGGAAUCACUGCUCAGCUGGCUGGAGUAAAGCCAAGGCAGUGGUCGGAGGAAGCCUCAAUCGUUUUCAGGAACCACGUGGAGAAGAAACCACUUGUGGCCCAGCUGGAGGCCAUACAGGAAGCCACUAACUCGUGGGACAGGAAGUUGAUGGUCUUCCUGGUCGACACUUCACAGGAAGAAAGGGACAUCUGGGUGCAUGACAUCAUGGCUGAAUUUGCUGAUGAGCUGACCAACGAGCUGUAGACAACAGGAGAUUGUCGACGAGUCUUACUAGUCAAGCAGUUGUCCUGUUGCUCAUUGAAGACACUGAGCUGUGGAUAGACAAAAUAGAAGAAGCUUAUCCAUCUUUAUCUAUCUACCAUUUAGGGGGACAGAAAGAAGAAAGUAAUGAAAAAAAUGAAGGAGAAGGGAAAUUGAGCGGUUUGAUAGCAUGUAGACUGGCAUUGACAGAAAGACGAGGUGUAGGUGUUGUAGCCACUUGCUUGUUGUGUUUUGGACUGUACAUCGAAGGAUGUUGUGAUGUGAUUUUGAGUGACUGCAGUGUGACCAUUGGACAAUACACUCAUGCAUGAUGUUGGUCCAAACUUGACGCAAAUACUCAAAACAUACCUUCAGCAUACAGUAACAAACUGCUGAAUCUAUUCAUAAUAGUCUCACAAAGCUGUGGAAAUGAUACAACAUGCAUUCUUAUACCAUCGGUAUGGGCUUUAAUCCAAAGCAGCAUUACCCCACAGUACCGUGAGUGCAUCCCGUUUUAGUGUGCGUCAUCCUGAGGAUGCCUAAAUACCCUCAACCCUGCCAAUGUGAGCACCAUGCAAAGUGCACAAAGUGUUGAAAUUAACUUGGUAAGUUCUCACAUGCUAGGAAGGCUUAUAUGCAUUUGUUUACAAAAUCUGCUUUUUGGAUGGUAUUUCUGAUUGUCAUAAAGUUUACAAAAGUUAGGGCAAACAUUUCCCAAGAGGAGAAGAAAUAGGCGAGUCAGAGUCAUGGGAGACGGACGUAAAGAAGAGAGCCUAUACUUUGCCCAAGCAUAAUUUUCAAUUUAGAGACAAAUUUUUAAUUUUGCAAUGAAUUUAUUUAAACUCAAAGACAGAGUGCAAUAUUUACCUUCUUGGUAAUCGAUAGGAAGUGUCUUAAACUUCAUGAUAAACAGUUUUUGUUGUUUUUUUAGCAGCUGACACAGAGCCUGCUGCACUUACUGGCCAAGAAAGACACAGAAACAGUUAAUAGGGUUUGGUGAAGAGUGAUAUACUUGAUGUGACAUAUGUUGGGUUUUUUUUUUUUUUGCCCAACAUUAGUUGUUUUUAGUGGUGGUACAUCCUGGCACUGCACGUACAGUAGAAGAGCCUAUGCUUGGGAUUUUCCAUUAAAGGCUGACGAAAACCAACAUUUUUUAACAAGUUAUAUUGUGACCAACUGUGUACACGAUAAAUGUGACUUUAUCAAAUCUGUUUUGUGCAGAAUAAAACACAGACAGUCCCUCGGACAGGUGAAUGUGAGUGUGCAUUCCUGAAAGCCCAGUUCCUGACUCCUGUGAUGGCAGUGCCUCAUCCAUCUCUUCGCCUCCUGUGAAACACUGAUUCCAGUGUGACUUUAUGCUUUUUAGGAGUUCAGGAGUAUAUCUCCGUUUAUUGUCGAGACUUUUUUUCAGAUUUCAGCAGAUUACAUGUGCAUGUUGCAGAUCUUUCUGAAUUGUAUGCACAUAUAGUUUGAUGUUAUAAUAAUAAGCAGAUUAGGCUACCAGUAGUAAUAAGCUUUUAGAUUUUCAAAUAGGAGAUCAAUUCUGCUUAUGGUUGGUUCUAGUGCCGCCAUCCCGCCAUCAAAUGUUGACCUGAUGUGGGAUUUUAUUCUGAAAUGUGAUUUUUUUUUCCUGAAACACCUGCACCAUGGUUUUGAAUGUGCAAAUGCUUCUCCAAUUCUGCCGACAGUAGACAUGACAAAGCUCAAAGCUGCAUUGUUGUUAACAAUUAACAUUUAAUUUAAUUUAAAUGUAACUUAUAUUCUCUAGGUGAUAAUUACAUUAUCAUUUCCAUUUUGUUUGACAAUGACCUGGAAGUAAUAAAAGACUUGUUUUUGGAA